GUAUUAGCGUUGAUUGUUGUGUGUCAAAUGCAUGUCACGCAUAAAUUACUCGCAUACUAUGGUGAUCGUCGACAUCAUGUGAACGCUGGUAACUCAACUGUAGAUAAAUCUUCCCAACGUUCCGUCAGUGCUGUAUCGGUCUUUAUUAUCAUCCGAUGUCAUUUAUCUUACUCUUUUUACGUGUUCUGUUGUUUGGUUAAUUCACAAUGGCUAGCUUGUAUCAGAGUCUAGCCAGUCGGAGCAGACAAACAGCAUCUCGUGUAUGGCAACCGAGGAACACCAGUUCCAUCAUAUUCUCUAAGGGAUUGCUGAAUGCGCCGGGAGAGAACAAUUGUUUCCUCAACAGUGCCGUACAGGUACUGUGGCAUCUAGAUGUAUUUCGAAGGAGUUUUCGGCAAAUGGGUGGACAUGCCUGCAUGGGUAAUGCCUGCAUCUUCUGUGCGUUGAAGGUCUUAUUCACUCAGUUGCGGUACAGUGAGCGGCAGUCUCUACCACCUGAUGCUCUCAGGAAGGCCCUGGCAGUAGCAUUUCAAGAUGAACAUCGCUUCCAGCUCGGCUGUAUGGACGAUGCUGCGGAGUGCUUUGAGAAUAUCUUGACUCGUAUUCACUUCCAUCUUGCCCGUGACAUCAAGGAGGAUUUGUGUGACGCCAAAUACUGCAUCCCACAUCGCAAGUUUGCUAUGACCCUCAUUGAGCAUAGUGUUUGCAGGUGCGGAGCUACAUCAGAACCAUUUCCCUUCACUCAGAUGGUACAUUACGUGUCCUGUACUGCCUUGUGCGCUGAAGCUAAGAAGUUGAAGGAGAAACACCAUUGGAGUAAUUCUGUCUGCUUUGGUCACGUGUUGAGAAAUGCUGGCGCUCUGGGAGAUAUCCGGGAUUGUCCGAGUGAAUGUGGAAGGAAGAUCAACAUCAGAAGGGUGCUGAUGAAUAGCCCCGAUGUUGUGGCCAUCGGCCUGGUUUGGGACAGUGACCGGCCAGAGAAGGACCACAUUGUGGACGUCAUUGACUGUCUUGGCACAUCACUACGGAUGCCGGAUUUAUUUAAUUCUGUCGUCGAUGAAAAAGCGAAGCAGGCUGCUCUUCACUUGGUGGGUGUGGUUACAUACUACGGCAAACACUACUCAACGUUCUUCUACAACACGGCGCUGAGAGUCUGGGUGUACUUUGACGAUGCGACUGUCAAACAGGUUGGACCUAACUGGAGGGACGUUGUGAACAGAUGUAAGCGAGGCCACUCCCAGCCGUUGCUGCUUCUGUUUGCUAAUCCUGACGGCACUCCCGUACCAACAGACACGGCUCCCAAAGAAACCACAUUGUUACCUGGUUAUACCAAGAUGAAAAGUCCCACAGAUGUCAGAAGUUCAAGAACCCAUUUAGCACAUGAUCCCCACAAAGCCUCAAAUGCCGUCAAAUUUCGGUCAUUGCAGCCAGUUGUGGAGUACAAGCCAGCAUACACAAUUGCAGAGGAAUCGUUGCAGGGAUCUAAAACGCAUGACAAGUACGUCGUAGAGAUCGGGCAUGAUGCAGUGCAGAAAAUCCAGGCAAGACGCGAUGGUGGCCAUAGUGCAAGUCAAGACAGCUACAGGGGCAAAGGCAACUAUGUGGGAAAGACCACUGUGCAGGCAAAUCAGGGUUUUGACACCAGCCUAAAGAAACCGUUACCUGUGAAGCAGCCGGAUGUCGAAACCCACUAUUCACCAGGGGGUGUGUCAUCACACCAUAACUACCAGAGUUUACAUAUAGGGCAGAACAGAACAAAUGCAAAGACACAUGGGGAUCAACUUCAUCCCUUGUCUGAUGGUUUGAGGAGCGACAUGGGAUAUUCUCGGCAGGGUGACGACACGAGUGACAAUUUGUCACUUGCCAGUUUUCAAGACCUGUCUGUGCCUAUUUUGUCUGCUGCAACAUCAGCUGCACCUGAUGCUCCUCAAGGUUACAAUGCGACUUAUCCUCUUCGUCAUGUGGCAGAUCCUGGUAAACCACCCCAUCCUAAAAGAUUAGAGAGACAUGAAUCUUGGAAUGGUCGGCCAAAUCCUGCCACAGAUCUGGCUCCCAAGGUAUCCCAGUCAUGGCUGAAUGGUGAUAAAAAGGGUACUGUGCAACGUCACAACUCUUUCAGUCAUGGCACAAUGUCGGACUCACAGUAUAGCAUUCCAGUGCAGCAGCAAGAUAGUGGACAGAUGAGUAAGUCCACCAACAAGAUGCUUCACAGCAUAGCAAAUAGGAACCAUGAAGGGGUACACUAUCCAAGGAAGGAAAGUAAGAUGCAGUUUGGCAGUGUGCCCAACCUGAACCAGGGUUUUGACCUGAGAGCUAGCAAGUCAGUUUCUGUUCAGAACAUUGCGAUGGCAGAGGACGGCAUUCUAGCCAGCGCGGUGAAGAAUAACCUCCAGCAGAAGAGAGCUAGCACCAGUGACGUGCCAAUGGGCAUGGGAAGUAGCAGUGGGCACCGUCCGUUGCAGGUGAAUCACAAACAAAUGCCUGGUAUGGAGAGAACAUUUGUAUCAUCAACUGGUGGUGAGUGCGCUGAAAACAUGCAGCCCUUCUGGGCUGGUCAGCACGAUCAAUCCAACUCAAAGCAUUCACAAAGGACGGACAGAGAUCACAAUCCAGGAUCAGAAUCUGGUUGGAAUGCAAGUCAUCUGGAGUUGCUGAACACUGAUAGAGCUCAGAGUAGCAUGAGCAAUGAUCACAAAACAAACAGGCCUUCACAACAGCACAUGCAUAACAGCAGCCCGAUGUCAGGCCAGGGUCUUCGCGACAGAGAUUCGGUUGCAAGCAAAGAUUCUGGCUACCGAAGCAGGGACAGAUCGAGUGCCAGCUCAGGCAGCCUGCAUUCCAUUGAGGCACCCACAACUACCUGCAAAGGACUCAACACUGUGGGUGCAGCUGAGAAGUCUAACGAAGAGAAACAACUGGACAAGCUAGAGAGGGAUGAGAAAGUUUUGAGUUGGACACAAGAUAAGGAUACGAUCUGUGAUGAAGUAUGUGCCGAAUGUGCCAUUCUUGAAGCCCAGUCCAGACAAAAAGGAGAUGCAGGGGACUUGGCGACAGCUCUAGCUCUUUGCACUGCAUCAGUCGCCAAGUUGAAGCAGUGCUUGAGAAUGGAUGGUAUAUCCCCACAGAAGUGGCAGUCGCUACACAACAGAUAUAACAACGCCGUGCUGCAGUCCAGAAACCUGCACAGGCGUUUGACUCUAUUACGUGGGCUAGAUUCCCUCCCUGCUUAUCAGAAUGACACCACUCCCAUCAGCUCAAGUCAGCUGCUUCAAACAGGCAAAGAACUUGAUCUCAUCAACUUAGAUGAUGAGUAUGAUGAGAUCAGUCGCGUUGACGAGCUGAAGCAACAGGUGCAUAAGUUGUACAUGCAGGAAGAGAAGUUCCACAACACAGCGGUGAGACAGGGCCCAAAUGUCCAGACACCUGCAAGAGUGUGGUCAACAGAUGCAUUGAACGGGAAGAGAACGUUUGAAGAGUCAUUGGAGGCCCAAAACAAUCACCGUGGAAUGACGAGUUUCAACAGGAAUCAGAAUGCUGACAGUGCGUCAUUUAUCUCCAAACACUGGUUAACAGACUCACUGAAACCUCUGAGACGUGAAGCGCAGAGAGGCACAGCAUAUGAAUGUCAAAGUUAUGGCUUGAGCAAAGAUGGAAGGGACAGAAACAGUGCAUCCCAGCAAGACUUGCUUGAAGAUCCAAUGAGGAACAGCUCGGUUCAGCAAGACAUGUACAGAGACCUCAGGAGACACAGCAUGACACAGCAAGGCACAUACAAAGACCUGAGGGGACACGGCACGACACUGCAAGGCAUGCGCGAAGAUCCAGGAAGACAUCUUAUGACACAACAAUGGAAACACAAUGACCCAAGGGGACAAGGCAGGACACAGCAAGGCAUUCACCAAGACCAGAGGAGACACAGCAUGACACACCAAGGCAUACAUGUACAAACAGAUCCAUGGCAAAACAAUACGAAGACACCACAGAACAAAUACGGCAGGGUGAUAAAUCAGAACCAGCCCCUCACAGCACAUAUGUCUAAUGUACCGAAUUGUACACAGGGAAGUAGAACAAGUCCAAAUGCAGUCAACUCAGUGACUGGCAGUGAAACGGCAACCUCAGCACAACAACGUUCACCUAAUCAGCAAGAAACUUCCACCAAUUACGAUGUCAGAGAAUUCCACACAGAGCAACCGACAGCAUCCAGUACUAUGGUGUACCACGUUAAUGCUGUCCCCUCACUGGUGGCUCACAAGGCCUACUGCACAGAAGUCCCCAGACCAAAGCCAGCCAGUAAUCCUAUCCCAGUUGACAGAGAACUUGCGGCCAAGACAAAUGCCUUGAUGAAUAAAAACUUGCAUGAACUGGCUGCGGAAUGGGACAGUUUCCGAUGAAUGUUACCGAUGAAUGACUGAUAUUUCCUUAAAACAUUUGCCACAAAAUCCAUCCAUCAACCUUUUUGGUUUUACUGAGAAUAGUCACUAUGACCCCCAUAUACCAAACUGAACUAAAUUGAAAAGGGUUCGGCUUAAGCAAUUGGGCAAUUUGACAUGGAAUGACCACUCAACCGUGAAUGUUUUCCUGCCAAGAGAAACUUAGUUUGCCUGCAAAAUCAUUUGAAAUGGGUAAAUCAUUCAAAAUUCAAUUUGGCCAGGUAAUGUUCUUGAGUUUUGCACAGUAUUGAUCCUUGCAACAGCUGUCUGUAGGUAAAUCCUUACACGUACUGUGAGAACCCUGUUCCUAACACACAGUAGACUUACGCCUAUCUAUCUUCAGCUGUCAAAUUAGCAAUAGUUUCCAGUAACCUUACUCACAAAAUGACUUCUACAUCCUCCACUUACGUAGAAAGAAAACUUUCCAUGGCUGCAAAGGUACUUUAUACUGAAAACACCUUGUAAGAAGUUAAAAAUUUAACUGAAACAAAACAUAAAGACGUCCUGAAGAUAAGGAUUACUGCAUGUAAACCUACAACUUCAGCCAUGUGAAUAUGGCGGGAAAGAAGCCACCUAAAAAUUGUCGAAAGACACGACUAACACAGUGAAACACUUUGGCUAAUUGUCAUUUCACAAAUGCAAAGUAAAGACUUACCUAUAUAUACACAUGGAGCAAUUUAUGUAAUUUCGUUGGCACAGGAUCUGUCAUUUUCAAGGAAUUCAAGAUAAAACUUGCUGCCAGGAACAGACGGUGUGCCGGGGUUCCCUUACUCCGCCAUUGGCACGUCUGAGGGGUCAUACACCCAGACUCCUUCCUGCGCAAAUGGUACCAAUUCUCGGAAGUACGUCUUGGUAGGCCUACCUGUCAAAACACCACACGUGCGCACAUGCAGCACGCUCGUCUAUGCUGCAUAGUCUGUGCAAAGCGUUCAUCGUUUGUGGUAUGCAAUGUUUACAUGGUUUGCGAACAGACCUCGGCCGUUUUCCAAUACAUGUGCUCAACUUCGUUCCGUCUCAGGCGUCGUUCCCCAAACCAAUUCCCGAUUGUGGGCCUGAAGCGUUCAAAUUAAAUUGGAUUACUGUAAUUGUGGGCUUUUUUUUGCAUCUU